GACAGGACGCCCCCGGGGAGGGGGGUCUCGCGCGCUCGCCGACCGGGCUGCCCUCCCUGGACCAGUACGGGUCCAACCUUCCCAGGAAGGGGGCCUGGCCGGUUUCCCUGGCCACCUUGGAGAAGCGCGCCACCCCUGUCCUCAUGGAGGUUGAUGUGCCGGCGGACUCUGCUCCGCUAAUUUCGUCGGUGCUGAUGGAGACGGACUCCGGUUCGGAGGGCUCCCCGUCCAAGAACAUGUCAGAGAUGGACUUGGAGGCGGACGUGGACGAGCAGCUGGAGGUCGUGGAUGACUCGGAGCGUCUUCCCCUCGGCCAGCCUGCUGCUGGUGGGGUCCCGCGCCGCCGUCGCACCAGGACCGUCGCCGCUGGGCCUGCUCGCAAGAGCGCCCGCCUGAGGGGUCCGGCGGCCGCCGCGACGGUGAUGGAGCGCGCCCAGGAGAGGACGGCGUCGAAGAACCUUGAAGGUGUGGAAGCCAGUGGCUAGGCGGCAGGACCGCGAGGCGUUGGAGUUGGCGAUCGGGAGACUCCGCUCUCUCCACGCCAACAUCCGGGACCGUUCGGCGUGAGGAUCUACGUCGGCGGACCGAGUCGAGCUAGUUUUUUUUCCUUUUUCCACCUUAUGAUAUCCCGUGCGUCGGACUAGUUCAGUGUGCAUCUCCGAGAGGCUCGUUGGGGCGACCCCUUUCGUUGAUGCUAU